UUUUAAAUCUGCCUAAACUAUUUCUCUUGCGUAACGGUUAAAACCGCAACCCCCGAUUAGAAAAGACAUUGGUAAUUAUUUAUUAAAUUUUUUUUUUUUUUUUGGGAGCUAACGCACUUUGUAUGAUCUAGGAGAAAGGAGAUUUCGUACUUAGAGAUAAAACUAUACAUGUUUAUAUGGACGAUUUCCAUCAAACAUUGAACAUUUCAUCGACAUAUCCACCACCUCAUCUGGUGCUGAAAAUAGAUUUGAUGACCACCACUGCGGCAUCUACCACGGCGAGCACCGCAUCUACACAACCGUCUAGUCUAGACACAUCACCUGUUCUGCCCAACCCUCAGCCACAGCACCUCCAUCCCCAUCAACAAAGCUCAUCUGGUCCAGUGACUCGGGCUGCGCCACCUACAACCAUGACCGCUGCAAAUAACGAACCGUCCACAUCAGCUCCGACUUCUACUUCAUCUUCAACUUCCACCUCCACUUCCACCUCAACUUCAACUUCAACUUCUUCUACUUCUGCAUCAGAAUCAUCUAUAUCUAAAAAGAAGAAGAACUCUAGACGAAAACAUCGAAACUCCCACUUGGGAUGCGGUACAUGUAAAAAGAGAAGAAUUAAAUGUGAUGAAAACUUGCCAAGUUGUCUCAAUUGUCUAAAGGGGAAAUUACAUUGUGCAUAUUUAAAUUUAGAUGCUCCUGCUAGAAAUGCCUUGAGAAUGGCACAAUACAAUCAGAAUUUGCGCCAGGACAGACAACUUCAAGACCUGCCCAAUGAGAUGGAUAUUCUUUCACAUCCACAUCCACCACCUCCAAUUCCUCAACAAGUUCAACUUGCCGCUCAGGGCCAAUCUCAACUUGGUCAUAUUCCUGGAGUGGUUCCUAAUAUGGGUGAUGGUGGGAUGAUGAUACCACCUCAACAUGAUGUUAAACUUGUCUCGAACAUGGGUCCACAUUACCAGCCCAAUGGAGCUGGUCCAACUGCUUUCACAGUUCCGUAUCCUAUCAUACAAACAUCUUCACCAAUGAACUUGCCUACAGGUAUGGUUCAAGGUCAAGGAGGGAGAAUGAUUCAAGGUCAUUACGGGUUUGUUAUCCCCAGUGUUGCCAUUCCAACUUAUUCUCAGGGUAUUCCUGUUCAAGCACAACAAGUGGGCACAAUGCCUCAUGUGAUUGGAUAUCCUGCACUGGGAGUAGUUGGAGUCUCUCCAAUUCCUGAGCAACAGAAUAUAAAGCAAGAGCAGCUUCAAAUGCAGCAACAGCAACAAUUUCAACAAUUUCAACAGAUUCAACAACACCAAUAUCAGCAACAACAACAACAACAACAACAACAACAACAACAACAGCAACAACAACAACAGCAACAACAACAGCAACAACAGCAACAACAGCAACAACAGCAACAACAACAGCAACAGCAACAACAACAGCAUCAUCAUCAUCAAAUCCAACAACAACUCCAAGAACAACAACAUCAACACGUGCAUUCGGCACCUUCACAGGUUCCACAUCCCCCCAUAUAUACACAAAAUAUUCCUCAAAUAUUGACCAAGGCUGACAUAAAAAAUGAAGAACAAGGUUCAUUCACAUCAUCUUCGAUACCUACCACAACGGUCAAUUUGUCACCUCCAAAUGCCACGCAAGCGUCAGCUCUGGCACCACCUUACCUCACGUCGUCAAAAACAAGCCCACAUCCACAACACUCUGUGGUCAAUCCACAUAGUUCAACAUUACCAGGGAUUCUGGUGAAAGCCGCUAAUGUCAGUGGUGGUAACUCUCCAUUACUCCCUCCCAUAAAGGCUGGUGACUCCACGCCUAAUGACUCCGUCAAGCAUACCGUUAUCGGAUCAUCAGAUAGUGUGGGCAGCGUACACAGCAUAGAGGAGAAGGAUGUAAUGUUACCACCCAUCAAAGCUCCUAAUGUGAAUGAAAUGGAUAUUAAAAUUGAGGGUAAAAUGCCCAAUAUUUCCAAAUUACUUUCGUAAUAUUUUGGAGAUGUAAUGAUAAUGAAUAGGUUUUUAGAAAAAAAAUUAGCAUAAAUGUAUUUUAGUCAUUAUUAGCAU